AUGACAGCACCUCAAAAUCCAAUCGCUAGAGCCAUCUGGGAUGGUGCUUUGCCAAUUAAAUUUUCUCUAGAUAAUAACGAGGCUGAAGCAUUAGGUGUAAAAACAAUUGAACCUUAUUUUAUAGAAGCACCUCGUUGUUCAUACUUCCCAUUAUUAACAAGUGCAAUAAGAAAAUAUUUUCGUGAUAUGGCGAUGAAUUUUAUUGUUGACGAUGCAGAAAUAUGGCAUUAUCCAAUCGGACUACUAUUCGAUUUACAUACAGGAUAUAGACCAGAUUCGAAUAGUCCUCCACCAUUACCUUGGUCUUUAACUGUUCAUUUUAAAGACUUUCCUGAUGAUAAACUAAUAAGAGCUCAGGCUAUUGAUGCUACUCAAGAUUUUUUCAUGUCUAUGAUUAAAGAAGCAGAUUUUCUUAGAAAUGGCACAACAAAAAAAGUAAUGAACUUAUCAAAAAACGAUCAAACCCAACUUUGGGAUGGAUUAUGGUCUAAGGAUUAUGAUAAAUUUUGGAGCAUGAAUUAUCGUUUAGUAAUUAAUGAUGGCCAAGUUCCAAGACAUAUUCCACUUCGAAUAUAUUUACCUGGUGAUUACCCAGUAAUACAAGAAUCAAUCUCUCCUUUAAGCGAAAAUGGUAAUCAACUUACACUUGGAAAUGUGUUACACCAAAUCCUUCCAGACUUUUUUCCAUCAUCUUCACCACCACCUUUAUCAAAUGAGAAUUCUUUUGCUGCACCUAUUAUUCAUGGUAUAAUCCCACAAUUAGAUAUUCCAAUAGUAUGGGCUUCUCAAAAUCUUUGCUAUCCUGAUAAUUUCUUGCAUAUUGUGGUUUUAUUAGGAUUGUAG